AUAAAGUAAAAAUUCUAGGGCUUGUCGUGGGAACUCGGAAUUCCAUGGACGACAUGGCUGCUUACUACUCACAGCCCCAACCGUCGGGCUUUCUCACUCACCACCAGUAUUAUCAACCGCCACCUCCGCCGCCGCUAAUGGCGGUGGUGCCACCGCCCCCCGGCGCGGUUGUCCCGCCGGCGCACCACAUGCAUCCGCCGUACGCGGCUCAGCAUCAGCAACAAACGGUGUUCGGUUCUUACGGUGCUCCUCAAUCUUCCAGCAACGAGGUUCGCACUCUCUUCGUGGCUGGCCUCCCCGAAGACGUAAAGCCACGCGAAAUCUACAACCUCUUCCGCGAAUUUCCCGGUUACGAGUCAUCGCAUCUUCGGAGCCCCACCAAUUCGUCGCAGCCUUUUGCUUUUGCUGUGUUCGCGAGCCAGCAGACGGCGAUCAUGGCAAUGCAUGCUCUGAAUGGGAUGGUUUUUGAUCUUGAAAAGGGUUCCACUCUGUAUAUUGAUCUGGCAAAAUCAAAUUCUAGAUCUAAGCGCACAAGGAUUGAUGAUGAGAGGGCUGGCGCGGAUAAGAAAGCUAGGGGCCUCACACCAUCAUGGGAUUCUGCAGGUGUUAGCAGCAUUCACAUGCCUGGAAUGGGUAAUCCUGCUUUCAACAUGAACACGUUUGGUUAUCCAUCUGCACAAAGUAUCGGGAAUGCUGAUGGAAGUGCUUUGAGUGACGGUCUAUUUGCAAAUCUGAAGAAGAGUUCAACUCCUUACAUUCCACAAAACUCAACCCCAUGCGCAACUUUAUUUGUAGCUAAUUUGGGGCCAUCUUGUAGUGAACAAGAGCUAAUACAAGUGUUUUCUAGAUUCCCUGGAUUUUUGAAACUGAAGAUGCAGAGCACAUAUGGGGCUCCAGUUGCAUUUGUUGAUUUCCAGGAUGUCGGUAGCUCUUCUGAGGCUCUAAACAGUCUGCAAGGCACCAUUCUUCACUCCUCACCAGCUGGUGAGGGAAUGCGUUUAGAAUAUGCUAAAUCACGGAUGGGCAUGCGGAAGAAGCCCAAGUAAAUUAUUUUUACACUCGGGAAAAUAGAUAAUAUAAAACAGAAAGAGGCUGUGAGAAUUGAACGCAAAACUGGUCGGUCUGCUUUCAUUCCAAACCCAACAUUUGCAAAACUUGUUUUCAGUGUUUUAAAAUACAAAGUAGGACCGAAGUUAAUUGCUUGCUGUUUAACAGUUGCAAAUUGGUAAAAAAGUUCCCUUGUAUUUUAUCUACUGUAAAUUUAUAUAAAAACUAACUCUUUUUCGGCUCUUGAAAGAUUUAUGAAAUUCAUUAUCAAUUUUAUUUGCUUUAUUUUAUCUUUUAUA